AUGGGUUGUUAUUCUAUCCAUGACCGACUUCGAGAUCUCAAAGCCGGGAAGCGCGCCGAAAUCCCCAUAUACUCGUUCGAGGAACACGCCCGCCUUGAUCAGACAACUGCGAUAUAUUCGCCCCAUGUCCUGAUUCUUGAGGGCAUCUUUGCCCUCUACGACCCGAGACUUCUGGAGUUGAUGGACAUGAGGAUCUUCUGCGAAGCUGAUGCCGAUACCUGCUUAGCGCGGCGCCUCGUCCGAGACGUCAGAGACCGUGGCAGAGAUAUAGACGGCAUCGUCAAGCAGUGGUUCACAUGGGUGAAGCCUAACUUUGAGAAGGUACAGUUGUUCGACUCUGCCGAUUCGCCAAAUGCUAACGGGAGAUAUGUAUUCAUUGAGCAGAAACUGUUGGAGAAAUCCAGGCAUCAUCGAGCGGCCCUCACGAGACUCCAACUCGAGGCCGAAUCGGAGCCACUUACGCGGAAGGUCGUGCUCAUGGAACAAACGCCACAGCUUCAAGGAAUGAACACCAUCAUACAUAACAUCGAUACCUCGAGCGAGGACUUCAUCUUUUACUUUGACCGUCUGACUACCCUGCUCAUCGAACAGGCUCUGAACAACACUUCGUUCGUCUCAACAACCAUUGCCACCCCGGCAGGUUACACCUAUCACGGGCUUCGGCAUGAUAGCGAGGUCAGCGCCGUGCUCCUCCUCCGUGGCGGUGCGGCGCUUGAAAAUGGCCUCAGGCGUGUGAUUCCCGACUGCCGGACGGGCCGCAUCCUCAUUCAGAGCAACCUCCGGACUGGCGAGCCGGAGCUGCACUACCUGGCCCUGCCCAAGGGCAUCGAAAAUCAUGAAGCGGUGCUCCUCCUCGACGCCCAGAUGAGCAGCGGCGGAUCGGCGCUCAUGGCGGUUCAGGUGCUGGCGGACCAUGGCGUCAAGAUAGACCGCAUCGUUCUGGUGACGUACAGCGCAGGGCGGAUGGGGUUGCAUCGACUGACAAAGGUCUUCCCCGACAUCGCGGUUGUCGUGGGUAAUCUAGUUCAGGAUAUCGAAGAACGCUACUUCGCCCACGAAAGCGUCGACGAUGCUCGCUUCAGCAGGAUAGGACAGCAGCAACCGCAUCCCCAGAGUCGUUCGUUCAUCCAACGAAUCAGCCGCCUCCAUCGCUGGCAGGUUGUUGCGUCACGACCAGUCACUCUUCGCCCAUUGUCCGGCACUCCAGAGCCACAGCAGAAGCGGAGGUUGCUGACCUGGGUAUACCGAGGGGCGGCAUGGAUCGGUGCGUCAAUGGUGUUCAUAGGGCUGGGCGUGGUGGCAUUCUUCAUCUACGAUGCGACCACGUACAAGGAGCAUCCAGUGCAGUCCGAUAUUCAGGUGUCCCAGCUGGCAUUGAAUCCGCGACGAGGUGGCCCGAAGAACCUGCCCAUCCUCGAUGUGUUCAUCGAUGACGACGAUUGUGCGGAGAUGAAGGAGCAGCGGGACAAGCCAAAGUUGGUCAUCCUGGGCGGUGGCUGGGGCAGUGUCGCUCUGCUGAAGGGGUUGAAUCCCGACGAUUACCACGUCACCGUCAUUUCCCCCGCGAACUACUUUCUGUUUACUCCGAUGCUUCCUUCUGCGACUGUAGGGACACUGCAGCUGAAGUCGUUGGUCGAGCCGAUCCGUCGGAUAUUGCAUAGAGUCAGGGGCCACUUCCUUCGGGCCAACGCCGAGGACGUCGACUUCUCGCACCGGCUAGUCGAGGUUUCGCAAAAGUAUCCGGACGGCAAGGAGGUCAGGUUCUACGUCCCGUACGAUAAGCUUGUCAUUGCGGUUGGCUCCACGACAAACCCGCACGGCGUCAAGGGUCUCGACAACUGCUUCUUCCUCAAGGACAUCAACGAUGCGCGCAUGAUCCGGAACAGGAUUGUCCGCAACCUGGAGCUGGCCUGCCUGGCCACAACGACGGACGACGAGCGGAAGAGGCUGCUGUCGUUUGUGGUCUGCGGAGGUGGACCUACUGGGGUCGAAUUUGCAGCAGAGCUCUUCGACCUGCUGAAUGAAGACCUGUCGCUCCAUUAUCCUAGACUACUCCGCAACCAAGUCUCGGUCCACGUUAUCCAGAGCCGUGGCCACAUCCUCAACACGUAUGACGAGGCAUUGUCUAAAUAUGCCGAAGAGCGGUUUGACAGAGACCAGGUGCAAGUCCUGACCAACUCGCGAGUGCGCGAGGUCACGCCAGACUCCAUCUCCUUCACGCAGGUUGGCCCAGAUGGCAAGAUAAUUGUCAAGGAGCUCCCCAUGGGAUUCUGCCUGUGGUCUACGGGCGUCUCGCAGACCGAGCUCUGCAAGCGAUUGGCAGCCAAACUGGGCGACACGCAAACCAACCGACACGCCCUGGAGACCGAUACGCACCUCCGAGUCAACGGAACCCCACUCGGGGACGUCUACGCCAUCGGUGACUGCUCAACCGUGCAGAACAACGUCGCCGACCACAUCGUGACCUUCCUGCGCUCGACGGCGUGGAAGCGGGGCAAGGACCCAGAGAGCCUGGAGCUGCACUUCUCGGACUGGCGCGACGUGGCCGCGGACGUCAAGAAGCGGUUCCCGCAAGCCGUCGGCCAUCUCCGGCGCCUGGACAAGCUGUUCGCCGAGUACGACAAGGACCACUCGGGGACGCUCGACUUUGGCGAGCUGCGCGAGCUCCUGAAGCAGAUCGACAACAAGCUGACGAGCCUGCCGGCGACGGCGCAGCGGGCGCACCAGCAGGGCCAGUACCUGGCGCACAAGUUCAACAAGACGGCGAGGGCGGCGCCGGGCCUGCGGGCCAACGACAUCCGCGAGGGCGACCUCGACGCCGCCGUGUACCGGGCGUUCGAGUACAAGCACCUCGGCAGCCUGGCCUACAUCGGGAACUCGGCCGUCUUCGACCUCGGUGAGGGCUGGAGCAUGACCGGCGGCCUGUGGGCCGUCUACGCCUGGAGAAGCGUCUACUUUGCGCAGAGUGUCAGCCUCAGGACUAGGAUCCUGCUAGCUAUGGAUUGGGCACAGCGGGCCCUUUUCGGAAGAGACAUGGUGGCCUUCUAA